UGCUGUUCGUCAUACAGAAAGCUGGAAGCUGAUGAGCACAGAUGAUCAACAGAAAAUCCAAGCAGCUGCAUUUGACAAAGGUGAUGAUCGAAGACUUGGCAAAAAGCCUGUUUUCAGUAGCUCUCAGCAAAGGAGACAAGCUUCUGACUCUGAUGUUAUAAAUAACAAAUCGUGGAGAGGUAAUACCAAGAAGGAGUGUUGGAGUUAUCCCUCUACUAAGCAAAAGAUGAAAUCUGAUGGAUUAGGAGCAUCUGGACAUUCAUCAAGUUCUAACAGAAAUACUAUAAAUAAAACUUUGAAGCAUGAUGAUUUAAAGGAAAAGGGUGGUACAAAAACAGCAUCCAAGGUUACAAAAGAACUUAAAACUGGGGGAAAAAAUGUUUCUGGAAAACCCAAAGCUAUAAUAAAGUCCCAAACAGAAAACGGUGAUAAUGCAAAGUCAGCAAACAUGUCGCCUAGACAAGCUGUGGAAAGAUCAGCAGCAGUGGCAGCAAAUGGACAGAAAAAUUCAUUAAAUGGGAAAGGAGUAAGAAAUCAGGAAGGGCACAUUACUGGCGCCAGACCCAAGGUACUCACUGGAAACUUAAAUGCGCAAGCCAAAGCAAAGCCUCUGAAGAAGGUGACAGGAAAGGAUUCUCCAUGCCUCAGCAUCACAGGGCCCUCCAGCAGAUCUACAAAUUCAAGUAUGGAAUUAUUGAUUUCCACUGAAUGUCUGGAUGAACCAAAAGAAAAUGGAUCAGUAGGAGAAGAGAAGCCUUCUAGUGAGAAACUGUCCUGUUGUGAAUCUCCAGGACAGACCAUGAAAAACAGUGUGGAAAGUAUCAAAACUUCUACUGUAGCAGUAAAAUCUCGACCUGUUUCAAAAGUUACCAAUGGAACUUCAAAUAAAAAAAGCAUUCACGAAGAAACUAGUAUAAAUAACAGUGCACUAAAGAAGGUCACUAACAAAGGAUAUAGUGAUCCAGUACCACAGGCAAUUUUAAAGAAAAGAGGAAAUGGCAGUGGAUGUACUACAGCUCAACAGAGAAUAAAAAAUGCCUCAUCUAAUCUUGCUAAAACUCAAGGAUCUCAAGGAGAGUCACCAACUUCAGUAAAAUCUUCAGUCUCUUCAAGGCAGUCUGAUGAAAAUGUGACAAAAUUGGACCACAGUACAACUACAGAUAAACAAACACCUAAGAAAAAAAUUGUCAAGCAAGGACACACACCUUUGCCUAAGGUUAAUGCAAAAAUAGUGGCAAUGCCUAAAAACUUAAAUCAGUCUAAGAAAGGUGAAGCUUUGAAUAAUAAAGAUGCAAAACAGAAAAUGCUUCCUGGACAGAUUACAUUGAAAACUCAGCCUUCUUCUCAAAGACCUUUAAAAAGUGAAACAUGUGUUGUCCAAAAAAGCAUGCUUCAUGAUGUACAUGAUAGUAAAAACAAGGACAAUAUUUCUGAACAGAAGCCUCAUGAACCGCUAAUUAAUCUCGCAUUAGAAAUCAGCAGUACAGAAGCAUUCCAGUCAUCAUGCAUACCUGACCCACAAAAGCCAUUAAACAAUCAAGGGAAAGAGAAAUUAGAAUGCCAAAGUAUUUCAGAUUUGGAAAAAUCAAAAUGUGAACUGGAAUCAAAACAGAUGUGUUCAGAUAAAAGUGAAACAAAAUUUUCCAGCAAAGAAACACAUCAGCACAAGACAGCUAAAAUAUAUUGUCAUUAUGAUGGGAGUGAUAAUGUAGAUCCAAAAUUUUAUAACACCACUGCCCUAAAAUCCACGAUUUCAGAUCCCAGUGUAAACUCCCUGAACUCUCAUCCAGUUUGUGAUUUAGACUCUGCAGAUGCAGAGCAAAGGCAUUCAGUAUCAGAUAGAGAGAAGCAAGAAGUGAGAAAAGAUACAAACAAAAAAUUAAACAUUAAAUGUGACAAAGAUGUUUUACCGUGUGUUCCUGAAAGGACAAAUGGUACCUUAAAUUCUGUCCAAGAUGACAGGAAAUCUAAAAUUCUUGUUGAAGAACAGACAGUUCCUAGUCACUUGUCUGAUGACUCUGCUAUGAGUGAAAUCCAACAUGCUACAGCAGACUCAGAUAUUUCCUCCAAGUCUGUUUUGGAACAAAUAUCAGGAAAAACUUCUCCUAAAGAUAUGGAAACAACAGAAACUCCAGAGAGCCACGAAACUCCAGAAGUUCCAUUCAUGAGUCAUUGGAAUUUGAGUACCAGUGGUAUGCAUCAGAGAGAGAGUCCUGAAUCUGACACUGGCAGUGCUACCACAUCCUCUGAUGACAUAAAGCCCAGAUCUGAAGACUAUGAUGCUGGAGGGUCUCAGGAUGAUGAUGGGUCCAAUGACAGAGGUAUUUCUAAAUGUGGCACAAUGCUGUGCCAUGAUUUUCUUGGGAGAAGUAGCAGUGAUACCAGUACUCCUGAAGAAUUAAAAAUAUACGAUAGUAACUUAAGAAUUGAAGUGAAAAUGAAAAAGCAAAGUAGUAAUGAUCUUUUCCAAAUUAAUUCAACAAGCGAUGAUGAGAUUCCUAGGAAAAGGCCAGAAAUUUGGUCUAGAUCUACAGUAGUCUACCCUAGGGAAAAAGAAAAUGUUCUACGAGGCAGUGUCCAGUUUGCUCAGGAAGUAGAUCAGGUUUCUUCCUCAGCAGAUGAAACAGAAGAUGAAAGAUCCGAAGCUGAAAAUGUUGGAGAAAAUUUCUCUACAUCUAACUCAGCUCCUCAGCAGUUUCAGGGAAUAAUUAAUUUAGCUUUUGAAGAUGCAACAGAAAAUGAAAGUCAUGAGUUUUCUGCAACUAAAAAUUUUAAAAGAUCCGUUUUACUUUCAGUAGAUGAAUGUGAAGAACUAGGAUCUGAUGAAGGGGAAGUCCAUACUCCUUUUCAGCCUUCUGUAGAUUCUCUGUCACCUUCUGAUGUUUUUGAUGGCAUUUCUCAUGAACAUCAUGGAAGGACCUGCUAUUCCAGGUACUCACAAGGAAGUGAAGGUAGUAUUUCAGAAUGUAAACAAGAUAAAGGCAAUAGCGUAUAUAAAAACGAAAGCUCUCUCUUGGGUCGCAGUAGUACUGACUCAUUGAGAAGAGAUAAACAGAGUACUUCAGCCACAGGAAAAAAGUACACAGUAGAUGUCCUGUCCAAAGGAGGUAGACAGCUUCUUCCAGAAGAUAGAAAGGUAAAUUGCAGAAGCGAUGUGGAUAAUGACUUUCAGCAACGCAGCAAACUCUCAGAUAGUGAUAUAAAAUCUCAAGAAAGACCAUGUCAUUUGGAGCUUCAUCAAAGAGAACCCAAUUCUGACAUACCAAAGAACAGCUCUACAAAAUUUCUGGACUCCUGUCGGAGUCAACUUCUGCCUCAGGAAGGUCAAGUAAAAGAGAACCAUUCUACAGCUACCAAAAGAGCUAAUAUUGCUUUAUCUGCAGGAUACAUAGAUGAUUGUGACACACUGGCACAAACCUACAUGUAUGACCAUCGGCCUUCAAAAACCCUCUCUCCAAUAUAUGAGAUGGAUGUAGUAGAAGCAUUUGAGCAGAAAAUGGAAUCAGAAACACAUGUUACAGACAUGGAUUUUGAAGAUGAUCAGCACUUUGCAGAACAAGAUUGGACACUCUUAAAGCAACUGCUGUCUGAACAGGAUUCAAACUUAAAUAUUACGAAUUCUGUUCCUGAAGACUUAAAUUUAGCACAGUAUCUAAUCAAUCAGACAUUACUUUUAGCACGAGACAGCUCAAAACCUCAGGGUAAAGCACAUGUUGACACUUUGAACAGAUGGAGUGAACUAACCUCUCCACUUGAUUCCUCAGCAAGUAUCACCAUGGCUAGUUUUUCCUCUGAAGAUUGUUCACCCCAAGGGGAAUGGACAAUUCUAGAACUGGAAACUCAGCAUUAAGAGUAUUAACACUUUGGAAAAUUUUUAACAAUGCCCCCCCUUUAUUUUUGAUGCUUAUAUCCUAAUAAUAAUUGCAUUAGCCAGAGAUAGACUGUCCU